AUGCUGAUUUGCGCCAUUUGUAACUCUACAGCUACAUCGCUGCAUUUCGGAGCCGCUUCCUGCAAGGUAUUCAAAAUGAAGUUUAGUGUAGUUUGGACUUCGGACUUCUCUGGUACGUAGUUCUCUUCAGUUUAUCAUUGUAAAAAUGAAAGAAGGAAUUCCCAACAAAUUCUUUUUUGAGAAAGAUCGCUUCUAAGUUCUAGUUUUUUUGUAAAAUUUCCCUAAAAGCGACCUUCCUUAAGACAUCUCAAAGAAUAGAAAUUUCUGCAAGUUGAGACCUUCAAAAUCUUCCUCAAGUACAAAAUUACCUUGAAGAAUUUUUCAGAAGUUUUAGAAAGCAAAAAAAGAUCCUUUACAUGGAAAAUUAUGUCAAAAGCUUCCAAUUCCAGGCCUGUGCCGCGUUUUUCCGGAGAACGGUCGCGUUGAACAUCGAGUACGAGUGCAUCGAAGGGACGCACGACUGCGAAAUACAUCAUGGUAUCCGCUCGAAAAUAAAGUCUUCUUUGAAUGGUUUUGGUCGUUUAGCGAAGCGAAUGGCCUGCAAGAAGUGCCGUUACGAGAAAUGCCUUCGCUCGAACAUGCUUCGGGAAUGUUCGUUUUUUGUUCGUUUCUGCUUCUAGUGUAUGGUAAAUGAAGCUGUAGCUAUGAAAGUUCAGGGCUUGUGAAUGUGAAAAUCAUUCAAAAAAAAAGGCAAUAUUUCAUUUUCUCUAUCACGGUUCAAUCUGUUUCAUUUUUUUGAGUUUGAAAAUUAAGGAAGUUUAUUUUUAGUCGUAAAAAUUGCGAAGAAAAAUCUCGUUCCAUCAGAUGAAAGAUUUAGUUUUUCGGCAAAAGGUUUUAUCCGCUAGCCUGAAAUUUUCCAAUAAAAUAUUUUCCUAAAAGGCUGGAUGGGUAUAAACCUGGAAAACCAAAUGGAUGUAAACCUGAAAAAAGUGAAUUUGAAAAAAACUUUGCCUGAAAAGAAAAAUUCGAAACCUGGAAUUGUUAAUCGGAUGACGGGGUAGAAGAAAACAGAGUUUUUAUUGGAUUAAAAUAAAAAGUGUAAUCAUCUUAUUUUUAGUUGUACAAUCGAAAGGAAAACGUGGCCCAGAACCCAAGGAGAUCAGUGAGGUUUGUUUUUUCAACUUCUACCCUUCAGAAAUUAAACUUCAGAAUGUCCAAGACUAUCAGUCGCCGAGCACCAGCCAAAGCCCUAUAGAGAAAGGUUGAAGAACUCUUAUUUUUCACUGAAUCGAAAAAUCUAUUGGUCGCUUGUGAAAUGGCUGAACGCGUUGCGGUUGCGCUGCGGCUCUCGAAAAAACUCCGAAGCUUUUUUUUUGAAUUCGCCAAGUAGAGAUUUUUCAUGAGGAACCUCCUUGUAGCCGUUACGCGUUGAGCCAUUUCCGAUGCGACCAAACUUUUUCAAAUCUUAAUGAGUCGACUUACACUGCCAGCUUCUUCAGAUCAGAAGGACCAAGAGUGCAGAGCAGUCCGAGAACAUUAUAUCAAGCUGGAAUCGACUCUGAACAGAAGUCGAAAGCUUCUCUUCACUGAAUCUCGCAUCCUCGACAUCUUCAGUGGCCUGUGUAUCAUGGUAAGAGCCGAAGAUCCUACAGUAACCCGUUUUGUAGCCUUUCGAGAAGAGCCAGCUGCGUCCUUUCGACUUCAGGACUUUCCAGGGCUUCGAGAAACAGGAAUACGUCAUAAUGUUCAACUACGCGGCAUCGAUGUUGGCUUUUGACAAGCUCUGUUCGCCAGAUCAAGUCUGACUUCAUAUACUUUUGAGAUGAAAGAAGCUUUUUGAGAACUUUCUCUUCCGAAUGGCCUGCGGAGUGGACUUCAUUCUCAACUCGGCCUUCUACACCUGUCAGUUGGGCAUCGAACACAACUUCCUCGUCUCUCAGGACGGCCGUUAUAUUCUCAUGGUUCCACAGCCUUUGACUGGAGAUGAACCUGGCGCUGGCGUCCUGUUCCCUAAGAAGGAAGAUCUCGAAAAAUACCAGUAAGAUUUUGCUGAAAUAUCUUUUACAAGAAAGUUCGUUUCACUUUACUCUAUGAAGUUUUCGCCAAACAAAUUAUCAACUUAUCUUCGAAAAAAGGUCUUCUUAAAAGAAUUUUUAGUUUUUGGGAAAGGGUGUCUCGAAGUCCGUUGAAAUAGGCCCGUGGAAUUUGCCAAAAAAUGGAAAUUUUAAAGCUCCCAUUCUCGAAAACUAAAAAGUUGUGCAUCUUGCGAUUAUUAGGAUCUUUUUCCAUUGCAUCAAAGAAACUUCGAGUCAAGUUUCAGAAAAAAAAAAUGCGAAUAGUUAUUUGUCAAUCUCAGAAACAUUGUCCAACCGAGGUACGCCUUCUGGAGAGAUUUCGUUCCCCGAUUCCACGACUACAACCUCACCUUUGAAGAAUUCACCUUGCUAAAGGCGAUGUCGAUCUGGAAGUUGGGCUAGUCGACAAGUUUAUUCAACUGAUGACCCGAUUUUUCAGCAUAUUUUAAACUGGAAGGCUCAGGCAGGGCAAUAUCUUCUCAACAGCAAGAACUGCUGUUCAGAACUUUGUUGAAGUGGGCUUUUGAACAGAAAAAUUUUUUACAACGUGUCUGAUCCCUCAUGGGCUCUCUGGUAAAACAGGAACUAUUUUCCCGACCUAUGCGAUGAGAGAAAAGAGGGUGCAGACAUGUGAAAAAUUCAAAUCCCAGUGAACUAUUAAGAAAAGUAUUUUGAAGCUUGUGUGAAGAAACUUGCGGGGAAGACGGCGCCACACGAGCAGGCAACUUGGUUCUUUUCCUUACAGUAAUUCAUGUGAGUAUCCAACCAUUUUUCAAAGCUCAUGGUCGUACUAGGAAUUGCUUGCAACAUUUAAUUUUUGAAACGAGAAAGACUUCGGGAGGAUUAAUUUUUCAACGAAGGAUGGGAGUAAAUCGGUCAAGGUCUAAUGAAAGUAUACUUCAUAAGCUCUUAAAAAUUGAGACGCCGACUUUGACUUCAAAAACGCGCCGCUUUGAGCCAUUCCACGUGCGACCACGGAUUUUUUUUCGUCAGAGUUGAAGAAAGAGAUUUUACAGGAAGAAGUCAUGGAACUGAUCCACAACCUCGUUCUCGUCACUCUCUUCGACUUUUUGAAUUCCGACAAAGUCCUCACCGAAAUAAUCGAUUUGAACAGUGUUUACCCAACAUAA